UUUGCGUCAAAACAGCCUCCUUCACAUAUACACAUCCUCCACCCACCCUCGCAAUAUCAACCUCAGUUAACUGUCAGCACUUAACCUUGAAACUCAGUUAUUUACAAGGAAAAAAUUGAUGCAAAAUGCCAACCGUUGAAGCCAUCCCAACAACAUCAAAAUCAAAAUGUCUCUCACAAGACGAAAUUCUAAUUGACAAGGGCAGCCAAAGAGUAUCAAUAGAAACUGGAGAAUCAAGACGCAACUCAGAUCAAUCAGAUUUGAUCAGUGAUCAUAGAGCACAUUCAACAAAUCAAAAGAAACUUAUUACACAGCUUGUAAAUCACUUAAACGAUUUUAGUGAUAAAAGAAAUUUAAAUGGAUAUGAUUAUAACCAAGAAGAUCAAAUAACUCAAUAUGAUCAAGAAAAUCGUGAGUUCACUGAAAUCACAAGCAGACAGCAGUUAAAAAAUGAUUUUCCUGACAAAUCUGAAAUAUCAAAAAGCAUUAAAGAAUGGUUGAAUGAAAAAACAAGCCAUGGAUUUCUUAGAUGGGUUCAAGCUAAAUAUGUAGCAGAAAUAAGCUACGAAGCAGAAGAAGAACAGAUUGAUUUUGAAGAUGGAGUAGUAAGAAUAUUUGACCCCUACUAUGCUGUAGACUUAGAUGAUAUAGCUAGUAUAGAGGGUAAGCUGGAUAAAAAAGGGUAUCCUCUGAACAGAGCUAGUGUUACAACACACUCUGGAGAUACUUUAAUAGGAAUCUGGAGAAACGGAACCAGAUGUGGGAAUGGAAAAUCUCUUGGUGAGAAUAUGGCUAAAUAUGGAUUGGAACUAGUUCAGGGUCCAUACGGAAAUGGGAUUCUACAUGGUUUCGGAAGGGGCAAGCUGAAUACUGGACAUUGUUUUGAAGGAUUUUUCAAUAACGGAUAUUUAGAGGGCCCAGUUGUUGGGGUUCCAGAACCUCAAUCUUUCUUACAAGCACACCAGGAGCAUAAUCUUCAAACAAAAGAUUUUGAAUACUUGUCACACAGAAUCAGUAACUUCAAAAAAGGUCUUCCUUCGGGAUAUGCUUGGCAAGAACUGCUCGGAGGAGGAUGGAUUCAUGGACAGGUUGACCGCAAGGGUGAGCUAACAGGGGAUAAUAUCCUUUACCUGUAUCCAGAUUUCUUUACCUGUCUUGUUGGAAAAUUUAAGAAAGGAGUGAUGUUGGAAGCCCGGCUGUCCUAUAUAGAAUCACUGGGUUGGGAGAAUGAGAUCAUGUUUGUUGAAGCACACUAUCCUCUACUCACAGAUCAUGUUUAUAAAUACAGUCCUUCUUCAUCUCAUGGAUUCACAGUUGACACGCUUGUACCUGAUCCAUAUGAGAGUAUGAGGACUGAGGUUAGAAGAUCCUCUAUACUAGGAGCAGGAGAAGGAUUGUUUGCUACCAGGGAUAUUCUACAAGGAGAUAUAGUCAGUUUCUACCAUGGACUGAGAUACCCAGCUCGAACUCCGUGUAAAAACAAAAACUAUGAUUAUCAAAUAUUCUUAGAUUGGGUCAGAGCUCCUGACUCCGAUUAUCUUGAUAUACCACAGGAGUUUACUAGCACACACACAUACAGAGCAUCACUUGGACAUAAGAUCAAUCACAGUUUCCACUCGAACUGUGAGUUUAUCAAAUUUUUUCAUCCAUCUUUUGGGUCCCAGGUGUUAGGCGUGAGAGCAUUAAAAGAUAUUACAACUGGAGAAGAGUUUACUGUUAACUACAAGUAUGAUGUCAAGGACUCACCAGAAUGGUUUCAGCAGUUGUAUUUAGAUAUCUGAUAGAUAUAUCUAUGAUAUCUGAUAUAUACCUAGAUAUCUGAUAUAUAUGUUUAGGUAUAUGCCAUAUAU